AUGCUUGCUUAUGCUCUGUGCGCAACUCCAACUCUGGCAGGCUGCCGACUGCUUCCGAUACAUUCUUCACGUACGGAAGAAUUCACCAAACUUUUGGGCCGGAAGUUACUCCAGACGCGAAUGGCCGAGCACGUAGCGGCGGUGACGAAAAAAGACGCCAAUUUCCCCGUUGCAGCUCAUUCAACAGGACCCGGCCAUAGUUUCCUGCUUAGCGAGACCGAAAUCGUCGCAGGAGGUGACAACCCUGUGAGCCGCGAGCUGCUCGAGUCAUGGUUCUCAGGCCCAUAA